GAAAAUGAGUGAGUCUAAGAAAUCUGAUAGGAAGCCAAAGUCCUAUAGCAGUACUAUGUCAGUCGAUGAUAUUGUCCAGAGGAUCAGUCAUCGAUCCUCUAAAAUUUCCAAUUCAACGUACAGGAAAUCUCUAUUCCCAGGUUCAACCACUAUUAAGGAAGAAGUGACUCAGACUCCUUAUCAGAGGAUGAGGAGCGACCUUACAGCCCCAGAGCCCAAAACCUUCUUCAAGGCAAAUACCAAAAGCAUGAAAUAAGGCAAGCUCUAAGCGAAAACAGAGCAUAAAACUCACUUAUUUUCAAAGAUUUCUUAAAAGAGUCGGGUCAGACUUCUUCACCAGAAAGAGGGAGCGCCAUAAAGAGAUUUAUAGCGAUAUGACCGACUCUAAUGGGAACGAAGACAAAUAAAAAUAGUAAAGUGAUCCCUCCCCCACCAGAAUAUUCAGGGUGUGAGAAAUUAUUAAAGGAAGUGUUCAAAGAGUCUGAAAAGAUAGGCACAAAUUUUGAGAAAUAUUACGGGCCGUACAAUGCUGGAGUCCAUUUUGACAAAUAUAUGUCGUUCAAGCAUUCGAAGUGAAAUCUGGAACAAGACACCACAUUUAUGACCCUCCAGAAAUGCCCCCUCAAGAGGUUGAUGCAGAUGCUAGGGGUCGAAAACCAGAAUGAUCCUCGGCAAAAUCGGAUGUUAAAUCAGGACACAUGGGGGCGAAGGCAGAACAAAAACACUAUCCGGAAUAUUAAGACAGGUAGUGGUAUUGGAAGGCUUGGAUCUGCUCGAAAAUAAGACAAUUAACAAAAGUCUCAAAAUAGUGACUUCUAUUAAAGGAGUCAAUUAUAAAAACAGGUAUUAUGGAACAAGAGAAAGGAAAUAGAAGCAGAUUUGGUAAAGGAAAAACUGACCUAAAAGCAUCCCAAUCAAAGAUAGAAGAAGAGGAGCAAGAAAUCGCUAUAUCCGAAAAAUCCUCACAACACAAUUUUUCCAAGCGCAAACCCAAUAAACACAUCUCCCACCUCCCCAUCCCCAAAAACUCCCUCCUUCCCAAAGUCCACAUCACCAGUCCUUCCUACCUCUCUCCCACUCCCCACUCCAAGCACCCCCUCUCCCACCCCCGAAAACCCACCAUCCCCAACCCCAAGCCCAUCACCCUCCUCAACCCCAUUCCCAAAAAUCCCCCUCAAAACCGCCUAAAAUCCCUAAACAGCCCGAAUAAAAUUUUCUUCUCUAAUUUUCCUCCUAAAAAUCCCACUCAAAAAUACUCGAAGAAAUUUAAUAAGUCGCCGAAAAAAAUCAUGGGGAAAAGGUGACAGUUUAGAGAAGUAAAGUCACCUAAAGUUCAUAAUUUAACAAAGAAAGGUCAUUUAAGCGAGAAUUUUGGCACAAUAAGGCCAAAUCAUAGAAGAUGAUUCUCUGCUGGUCCAAAAAGACCGACCCAGAAGUGUCUCUAUAAAACUAUGAAGCAGAGGGAUGAACUCAGGAUUAAACGCAAGCUCAGGGUAUACAAGAAGAUUGUGAAGGAUAUCACUAUGGAAACUAUUGGAAUGUAAAAAGUAUCAGAAUUCUUAGACUUUAUUGACGAGUCAGCUUCAACGUUAUUCUAGCUG